GCUCGAACCAUCAUAUCUCUCGACAACAUCCCCAAAUUCUCCCUAACUCCAACUCUCCCACACCCACAUCCUCGAAUCGUCGAGAACCACUCCUUCACACCAGCCUCUUCAUAUCCUCUCCUUUGCCCUCCUUUGGUUCUUCUGCUACAAUCUUUCGGACUGCCCACAAGAAAUCCAUCUGUCUCGACCGCACUCGGCGUGCACUUGUCCCAUUAGCCAUGGAGCAUAAGCAGAAUCAACCACCCCCUGGUGGUGUCCCGGGCCCAACCGGCCGCAGACUGCAUAUCGCCCAUCGCAGGAGUCCUUCUGAGCUUACGCCUCUGAUGAGCAUGUUCUCGUCGCCUGGAAUGGAACAACUUGCAAUACAGCAACAGAUCGAACUGCUCCAGCAGCAGCAGCAGCAGAUUCAAGCUACGCAUCAGCAGUAUGUGAACAUGGGAAUGAUCCCACCGAGUCAACACCUCGCACCCGGCGGUUACCCCAUACAGCAACAGAUGCAGAAUCUGUCACCACAGUCGGCGUUCCAAUUCCCAAACCAGCUACAACAGCAACAGAUGAACGCACCAAUGGGUGCUCCAACGCAACCGUUGUCACAUCGCCGUAAUCAAUCGGCACUGCCCAACAUGGGCAUGGGUCCUCCACCUGCUCCGUCCUCUGGCACAUCCGGAUCCGCAUUCGGUGAUUUCGGAGGACACAAUCGGGAGAACGUAUCUGCUCGAGGUGGCAGAGGUGGUGGGCCUCCCGGCGGUGGGCAUCAACGUCGACACUCUCUCGCGUUACCGGAAGCCAAGAAGGCGGCGGAAUUAGCCCAGCAGAAACGGACCACGUCCGGGUUCCAAUUCCCCAUUCCUGGAGCUGGCGGUGCUUCCCCGUCAAAUGCAGAUCAGACGGAUAGUCCUCCCGCAGAUGACAAGAAUGGUCAGGGUCAGAACACUGGAAAUCAUGUUUCGACGGGCUCAAAUUUGCGGGGUCGGGGCUCUGCUCAUGGAAGAAGCCAAAGUUUGGCUAUCGGCGCAAAUGGACGAGGUGGUUCAUCUAUGCGCGGUGGCGGCUCCUUCCAAUUCCCCCCGAUGCAAGCGACAGCAGAUGCAGGCGCUGGAGGUCAAAACCAAGGACAUGGCAAUGACUUCUCGAGACGAGCAGGUUCUACUGGACAUAACCGAACCUCAUCUCGAAAUUUUGAAGGUAACUGGAGAAACCAGCCACCUCAGCAACCCCAGCAAGAUCAGCAGGGGCAAAUGGGUAAUUUUCAGGGCCAACAGCAAGGCGGUUUUCAGCCCGGUCAUCGCAAUCGUGGCUCGAUGAACCAGUCGAUGAGCUCCAUUGGCAACUUCCAGUAUGGUGGACAACCUCAACUGGUCCAGUUGCCACAGGGCCAGAUGGCUCUUGUUCACCCUCAACUUUACCCUGGUCAGCAACUGAAUCCGUUGCAGAUCAGUCAGCUCCAGGCUCUACAGGCUUCACAGAUGAAUGGCCAUGUCGGACUGCAGGGCAGCCAGCACGCCCCACAACUCUCUGCACAGCAACAACAGCAGCAGCGCAAGACACUUUUCACUCCCUAUUUGCCACAGGCCACGCUUCCAGCCCUCCUUGGUGAUGGCCAGUUGGUUUCCGGCAUCCUACGUGUUAAUAAGAAGAACCGUAGUGAUGCGUAUGUCUCAACUCAAGACGGCCUUCUCGAUGCCGAUAUCUUCAUCUGUGGUAGCAAGGAUCGAAACAGAGCUUUGGAAGGGGAUUUGGUUGCUGUAGAAUUGCUCGAUGUGGACGAAGUCUGGGGUCAGAAACGAGAGAAGGAAGAAAAGAAGAAGCGCAAGGAUAUUACCGACACGCGGACCGGUGGAUCAGGCAAUGGGAAUGGCGAAAGAUCACACCGUGACAACUCUACAAACGGCGAUGAUCAGUCAAACACUGCUGAUGGUGGGAUCCGGAGACGCGGCAGCUUGAGGCAACGCCCGACUCAGAAGAAGAAUGACGAUGUUGAAGUGGAAGGUCAAAGUCUUCUCCUCGUUGAGGAAGAAGAGGUCAAUGAUGAACAGAAGCCACUUUACGCAGGCCACAUCGUUGCCGUUAUCGAACGCGUUGCUGGCCAGAUGUUCUCUGGCACGCUCGGGUUGCUUCGCCCAAGCAGUCAAGCUACGAAAGAAAAGCAAGAAGCUGAACGUCAGGCCAGAGAUGGGGGUAACGGUCGCCACCAAGAGUCCCGUCAACCAGAAAAGCCAAAGAUUGUCUGGUUCAAGCCAACUGACAAACGAGUCCCACUGAUCGCCAUCCCUACCGAGCAGGCACCACGUGAUUUCGUGGAAAAGCACCAAGAGUACGCCGAUCGAAUCUUCGUUGCUUGUAUCAAGAGGUGGCCAAUCACUUCCCUCCACCCCUUUGGUACACUUGUCGAACAGCUCGGCAAGAUGGGCGAAUUGAAGGUCGAGACGGAUGCUCUCCUCAGGGACAACAACUUUGCCUCGGAUGAAUUCUCCGACGCUGUCAUUCGCAGCAUUGGUCUCGACGAUUGGUCUCUUGAGAAGGAAGACCAGGAAGCACUUGCUGCACGACGGGAUUUCCGAAGUGAGAGGACCUUCACGAUUGACCCUAACCAUGCAGAGGAGCUUGAUGAUGCCAUUCACGUCAAGACUGAAGUAGAUGGGAAGAUCGAGAUCGGUAUCCAUAUCGCCGAUGUUGCUCACUUCAUCAAAGCAAACUCUCUCGUUGAUCGUGAGGCCAAGAAGCGUGGUACGGCCGUUUAUCUAAUGAACAGAACUUGCGCAAUGCUCCCACCGAAGAUUGCUUCUGAUAUCUGCUCCUUGAUCCCUGGUCAGGAACGUCUCACCGUCAGCGUGGUCUUCAAGGUCAAUCCUCACACUGGCGUUGUCUACGAGGACGAGACAUGGAUUGGAAAGGGCAUAAUCAAGAGCGGCGGCAAACUAACAUUCAAAGAAGUUGACGCUGUGCUCUCGGGCCACCUUGACACAAAGCUCCAGGGAGCCGAGGUCAAGGAUAUCCAGAUUCUCCACGCUGUUGCGCAGAAAUUCCGAGAAUCUCGCCUCGGAACAGACGGGGAGACCAUCGCUCCUUUGAGACUCAUUUACCAGCUUGAUGACGAAAAUGUCCCUGUCGAGCAAAACAUCUUCCAGUCCACGCCUUCCCAUGAGCUAAUCGAGGAACUGCUGCAUAAGGCGAAUGCAUAUGUCGCACAGAAGAUCGCAAAGGGCCUGCCCGAAAAGGCUCUCCUCCGUCGGCAAGGGCCCCCCAACCCUCGGCGACUCCAAACCUUUGCCGAUCGAAUGAACAAGAUCGGCUACGAAAUAGAUACGACCAGCAGCGGAACCCUCCAGAACAGUCUAUUCAAAGUCGACGACACAAACAUUCGCAAGGGGAUGGAAACCCUUCUGGUGAAGACUAUGCAGCGCGCGAAGUACUACAUUGCCGGAAAGACCCCUCAACACCUCUACCCGCACUAUGCUCUCAACUUGCCUCUCUACACCCAUUUCACAAACCCGUCCCGCCGUUAUGCCGAUUUAGUCGUUCAUAGACAGCUCGAGGCCGUUCUUUCCGAAGGCAAAAUCGAGUACACUGAGGAUAUUGAGACUCUUGUCAAGACAACCGAGUCUUGCAACACCAAGAAAGACUCCGCUCAGAAUGCCCAAGAACAAAGUGUGCACAUCGAGUCAUGCAGGAUCAUGGACAGAAAACGCGAGGAGGUCGGCGGUGAGCUCAUCAGCGAGGGCAUCGUUCUUUGCGUGUACGAUUCGGCCUUCGAUGUUCUGAUACCUGAAUAUGGUUUUGAGAAGAGAGUGCAUUGUGAUCAGCUCCCACUGAAAAAGGCCGAGUUCAGAAAGAAUGAGCGCAUUCUGGAACUGUACUGGGAGAAGGGCGUACCUUCAUCCGCAUAUGUUCCAGAGGAUGAGCGCCCAAAGGCCGGUGUAUCCCAACGCACGGCCAAUGCCGUAGCUGCCGCCAAGCAGGCUGCAGUUGCCGAGCGAGCUAAGAAAGAGCACGAGGAGGCUCAACGCAAACAGAUGGAGACCGGAACCAUCUCGACUGACGAUGUAGACGCCCUCUUCGAUGACGAUGAUGAUAUGUCUGAUGUCGCGGAAAGCCUUGCUGGUGUUUCACUUGCCGAACGCCCAACUCAGAGUGUCCCUCCAUCGCCCACAAAGAACUCUCUGACGGCUACCGGCGACCUUCAUCGCACUCGUUCCGACUCGAAGGUCCCCACGGCCGAACCACCAAUCGAGUCUAAGCUCAGUGCCAAGGAUAAAUACAUGAAGUUCUUCACAUUACGAGAGGAGAACGGGGAGUAUAUCCAGGAUGUUAAGGAAAUGACCAGAGUUCCUGUGAUUCUGAAGACUGAUCUCACAAAGAGUCCUCCAUGCCUUACCAUCCGUUCCGUGAACCCCUAUGCUCUCUGA